AUGGGGGCAUUAACCCCCAUUGGCAACACGGCUGCUGACUACUGGGAAGCCCUGCUUGCCGGUAAAAGUGGUGCUGCGCGCAUUACCCGAUUUGAUCCUGAAAAAUUCAAAACUCAGUUUGCCUGCGAGCUGAAGAAUUUUGAUGUGCAGCAGCACAUAGACCGUAAAGAGGCACGCAGGCUAGAUCGCUUUGCCCAGUAUGCACUGGUAACUGCCGAAGAAGCCGUUCAGGAUAGCGGCCUCUUGGAUGCGGGCUACCCCGAAAAUCGCAUUGGCGUGCUUUGGGGCUCGGGUAUUGGCGGUAUUGAUACUUUUCUUGAGGAAUGUAUGGCGUAUGCCAAAGGUGACGGAACUCCGCGUUUCAACCCUUUUUUCAUUCCCAAGAUGAUUGCGGAUCUCGCCCCGGGUCACAUUUCCAUUAAGUAUGGUUUCCGUGGCCCCAACUAUUCUACGGUUUCGGCAUGUGCUUCGUCCACCAACUCAAUUAUUGACGCUUUUAACUACAUCCGCCUGGGCAAAAUUGAAGCCUGUUUGGCCGGAGGCAGUGAGGCAUCAGUAAACCAAGCGGGUAUGGGUGGUUUUAACGCUAUGCAUGCCUUGAGCACGCGCAAUGAUUCUCCCGAAACGGCCAGCCGUCCUUUUGACAAGGAUCGCGAUGGCUUUGUUUUAGGCGAAGGUGCGGGCUGUAUUGUGCUUGAAGAGUACGAGGCAGCUAAAAAACGAGGCGCUAAAAUUUAUGCCGAACUAACCGGUACUGGCGUUACUUCUGAUGCGCACCACAUUACCGCGCCCCAUCCGGAAGGCUUGGGCGCCAAAGAGGUAAUGUCUGAAGCGCUACAGGAAGCCGGCAUGAACGCUUCUGAAGUAGAUUACAUCAACGUACACGGCACAUCCACGCCUUUGGGCGAUGUGGCUGAAUUAAAAGCCAUUAAGGCCGUGUUUGGCGAUGAUGCAUACCGACUGAACAUCAGCUCAACAAAAUCAAUGACGGGCCACCUGCUGGGUGCUGCCGGAGCCAUUGAGGCCAUUGCUGCUGUAUGCUCGGUUUACCAUGACGUGGUGCCACCCACCAUCAAUCACUUUACUGAUGAUCCUGAAAUUGACAGCAAACUGAAUCUUACUUUCCACCAAGCACAGGAAAAGAAAAUUCACAAUAUCGCGCUUUACGAGCUGGCCUUUGUGCACAGCUCAGCCUCACUGGAAAAGAACGGUCAGCGCCUGAAUUAUGAGCGUCUGGAGUUUUUAGGCGAUGCCCUUUUGGGCGCCAUUGUGGCCCAUUACCUUUACCUUCAUUUCCCCAACCGGGAGGAAGGCUUUUUAACCACCAUGCGCAGCAAAAUUGUGAGCCGCAAAAACCUAAAUGCCCUGGCGGUGGAAAUGGGCAUUGAUAAGUUGGUGAAACAAAACCAAACGGGAGCUACGCAGGCCAAAUCUAUUAACGGUGACGUUUUGGAAGCCCUGGUGGGCGCAGUUUACCUGGACGGAGGCUAUGACGCCUGUCAGCAAUUUAUUAAACACAAACUCUUUGAGCAGCUCAUUGACCUGAAUGAAUUGCAAAACUCCAUUGUAAGCCAUAAAAGCGAACUGUUAGAGUGGGCCGCGAAAAACCGCCAAAGCGUACACUUCCGAGUGGCCAGCGAAAGCGGUAAAAGCCAUGCCCGGCAGUACGAAAUUGAAGUGCUUUGCAAUGACGAAAUUAAAGGCAGCGCCAAGGCAUCGAGCAAGAAAAAAGCCGAAGAGUUAGCCGCACAGGAAAAGGAUGCGAAUAUUGCCGUUUUGGGCGAUUUGCAAGGACCAAAACUGCGCGUUGGAGAUGUGGAAGACGGUGCCGAACUGAAGGCGGGAGAUAUUCUGACCUUUACCAAUAAAAAGGUGAAAGGCAGCGCCAAGGAGGUGUUCAUGACCUAUCAGCAGUUUGCCAGUGAUGUUCGGGUGGGCGACCGUAUUUUGAUUGACGAUGGUAAGCUGUUGCUGGAAACUACCCAUAGCAACGGCAUAGAUAAGGUUAAGGCCAAGGUUAUUCAGGGCGGCCCGCUCAAAUCAAAGAAGGGCGUAAACCUGCCCAACACGCGCAUUUCUCUGCCCUGCCUCACCGAUAAAGACCUUGCCGACCUGGAAGUUGCCAUGCGCCUAAAAAUCGAAUGGAUUGGCUUGUCGUUUGUUCGGAAUCCCAACGAUGUGCGGCAACUAAAAGACAUUAUUGCCAAAAACAACGCGCCCUGCCACGUUAUUUCUAAAAUUGAGAAACCCGAAGCCGUGGUGGAAAUUGACGAAAUAAUAGAAUUGUCAGACGGCAUCAUGGUGGCCCGGGGCGACCUUGGCGUGGAAGUGCCCAUGCAAGGGGUUCCGCUCAUCCAGAAAAUGAUCGUGAACAAGUGCCACCGCUACUCCAAGCCGGUGGUAAUAGCCACGCAAAUGAUGGAGAGCAUGAUUGAAAACCUAACCCCGAGUCGGGCCGAGGUGAACGAUGUGGCAAACUCGGUAUUAGACGGAGCUGAUGCGGUUAUGCUGAGCGGUGAAACUUCCGUGGGAAAGCAUCCGGUGGAAGUAGUAGAGGCCAUGGCCAAAAUUGUAGCCCACGUUGAGGCCAGCGGUCAGGUUAGCACCGAAGGAGAAAACCCUCCCAAAUACCGCAACAAGCGCUUCAUAACCGAUAGCAUUUGCUACAAUGCCAGUAAAAUUGCCGAUCAGGUUGGGGCAAGCGCCAUUCUUACCAUGACCUUUAGUGGUUACACGGCUUUUAAAAUCAGCUCCCACCGCCCCAAAACCAGCAUUUACCUCUUUACUUCUAACCGCAGUAUCUUAAAUACCAUGAGUUUACUGUGGGGCGUACGCGGCUUUUACUACGACAAAACGGUGAGUACCGACCAGUCGUUUAAAGACAUUAAACAAAUAGUGCAAGAGCGGGGUUUGGUGAGUGAUGGAGACAUCGUGGUAAAAAUUGCCAGCAUGCCUAUUGAAGAAAUGGGCAUGACCAAUACCCUUAAGAUUUCAACUAUUGAUCAUGAGUAA